CAACCCAUGCUGCAGCUCCAAGACCACAGUCAGGAAGAAAAUGUGUUUGAUCAGCAGAUAAGUAUUGAUCUGGAGGAACUAUGCGUCUGUUUUAGGAGUCAGUGGAUCUGCAAAGCGAGCGAGUCAUGGACGCUUCCCCGGGUCUGCUGUGGCAGUAUGUGUUCUCGCCCGCAAACCUUGUGGGUUUAACUGCGUUUGUGAUUGUUUUCUAUGUGCUGCAACAGUACCAGAAUCAUCACAGAUACGCGAACAUCCCUCCCGGUCCAAAGCCAUGGCCCAUCGUGGGCAACUUCGGGGGCUUCUUAGUGCCUUCAUUUAUUUUUAAACGAUUUGCAAAGAAUCGCGAAGAGUUUGCAAAGACGGCCUCAAAUCCGCUAUCACCCCAGGCUGGACUUACCGAGAUGUCCAAACUGUAUGGAAACAUAUUCAGCAUUUUUGUUGGGCCUCAGCUCAUGGUCGUGCUGACGGGAUAUGACGCUGUCCGGGACGCGAUGUUAAACUAUCCGGAGGUGUUCUCCGACAGACCACAUAUACCGCUCGUUACUAUUAUCACCAAGAGGAAAGGGAUUGUGUUUGCACCCUAUGGCCCGCUGUGGCGGACGAACCGGAAGUUCUGUCACAGUUCUCUGCGCAGCUUUGGCUUCGGGAAGCUGAGUCUGGAGCCGUGCAUCACUGAAGGCCUGACCAUGAUCAAAACAGAACUGCAGGACCUCAUGGAGAACACGGGGCCGUCAGGAAUGGACCUCACUCCUCUCAUCAGCAAUGCGGUCUCCAACGUCAUCUCCUCCCUAACUCUGGGCCAGCGUUUCCAUCACCAGGACCAGGAGUUCCGGACCAUGCUGGAUCUCAUGUCUCACGGGCUGGAGAUCAGCGUCAACACCUCCAUCCUGCUGAUCAACGUGUUCCCCUGGCUCUACUACCUGCCCUGGGGCGUUUUCAAGGAGCUGCGGCGCGCCGAGGUCGACAUCACCGCCUUCCUGAAGAAAAUCAUAGCGAGGCACAGGGCUACGCUGGAUCCGGACAAUCCCAGGGAUUUCAUAGAUAUGUAUCUGGUGGAGAUGCUGGCCAAGCAAAAGGAAGAGAGUUCAGAAGAGUGUCUGUUCUCAGAAGACGAUCUCUUCUACAUCAUCGGGGACCUCUUCAUCGCAGGCACUGACACUACCACGAAUAGCGUCCUGUGGAGUAUUCUCUACAUGGCCUUGCAUCCUGACGUGCAAGAGAGAGUUCAGCAGGAGAUUGAUGGCGUGGUGGGGUCCGAGAGAGUCCCGUCUCUGACCGAUAAGGGCAGUUUGCCGUACACAGAAGCCACCAUUAUGGAGGUGCAGAGGAUGACUGUAGUGGUUCCUCUGUCGAUACCCCACAUGGCCUCCGAAACCACGGAGUUCCGAGGGUACACUAUUCCUAAAGGAACAGUUAUCAUCCCAAACCUCUGGUCAGUACACAGGGAUCCUACUGUGUGGGAAAAUCCCGAUGACUUCAAUCCAGCCCGAUUUCUGGAUGAACAGGGCAAGCUCCUCAGGAAAGAGUGUUUUAUUCCAUUUGGAAUAGGUCGCAGGGUGUGCAUGGGAGAGCAGCUGGCUAAGAUGGAGAUGUUUCUGAUGUUCACCAGCCUAAUGCAGGCCUUCACAUUCAGGCUUCCCGAGGGGAAAUCUGCUCCCUCCAUGCAUGGACGCUUUGGCCUGACUCUGGCUCCGUGCCCGUUUACUGUCUGUGUUAAAGCACGCUGAACAGGCAUCAUUGGGAAGCAAAUUGCACUGGUGGACCAUGUUGACCAGGCUACUAAGUAAGGGCUUUGAAGUUGUAUGAUGAAGCAAAAGGUUUGAUAUUAUUUUUGUAAAAAUUGCCUGAACAAUUUCAAGAAAUGAGAACAAAUACCUAAGUAUAUUGCAUUUGUUUUUAAAU